AUGGUCCUGACGCUGCUCUUCUCCGCCUACAAACUGUGCCGCUUCUUCGCCAUGUCUGGCCCACGGUCGGGCGCCGAUCGGCUGACGGUGCCGGGGCCGGACAGGAAUGGCAGCGCCAGCCCGUGGUGGGCUGCGGGCCGCGGGUCUCGCGAAGUGUCGCCCGGGGUGGGCACCGAGGUGCAAGGCGCCCUGGAGCGUUCGCUGCCAGAGCUGCAGCACGCGCUGUCUGAGCUGAAGCAGGCAAGCGCGGCGCGGGCGGUGGGCGCGGGCCUCGCCGAGGUCUUCCAGCUGGUAGAGGAGGCCUGGCUGCUGCCGGCCGUGGGCCGCGAGGUGGCCCAGGGUCUGUGCGACGCGAUACGCCUGGACGGUGGCCUCGACUUGCUGCUGCGGCUGCUGCAGGCACCGGAGCUAGAGACCCGCGUGCAGGCCGCACGCCUGCUGGAGCAGAUCCUGGUGGCUGAGAACCGGGACCGCGUGGCGCGGAUCGGCCUGGGUGUGAUCUUGAACCUGGCGAAGGAGCGCGAGCCGGUGGAGCUGUCACGGAGCGUGGCGGGCAUCUUGGAGCACAUGUUCAAGCACUCGGAGGAGACGUGCCAGCGGCUGGUGGCGGCGGGCGGCCUGGAUGCGGUGCUGUACUGGUGCCGCCGCACGGACCCGGCGCUCCUGCGCCACUGCGCCCUGGCGCUGGCGAACUGCGCGCUGCACGGGGGCCAGGCGGUGCAGAGAUGCAUGGUGGAGAAGCGCGCCGCCGAGUGGCUCUUCCCUCUCGCCUUCUCCAAGGAGGACGAGCUGCUGCGGCUGCAUGCCUGCCUGGCGGUGGCGGUGUUGGCUACCAACAAGGAGGUGGAGCGCGAAGUCGAGCACUCUGGCACGCUAGCGCUCGUCGAGCCACUCGUGGCGUCGCUGGACCCCGGCCGCUUCGCCCGCUGCCUGGUGGACGCCAGCGACACAAGCCAGGGUCGCGGGCCGGACGACCUGCAAAGUCUGGUGCUGCUGCUCGAUUCGUCCCGUUUGGAGGCUCAGUGCAUCGGGGCUUUCUAUCUGUGCGCCGAGGCUGCCAUCAAAAGCCUACAGGGCAAGACCAAGGUGUUCAGUGACAUCGGUGCCAUCCAGAGCCUGAAACGCCUGGUUUCUUACUCCACCAACGGCACUACGUCGGCGCUGGCGAAGCGUGCCCUGCGCCUGUUGGGCGAGGAGGUACCCCGGCGCAUCCUGCCCUGCGUGGCCAGCUGGAAGGAGGCCGAGGUCCAGACCUGGCUGCAGCAGAUCGGCUUCUCCCAGUACUGCGAGAACUUUCGGGAUCAGCAGGUAGAUGGUGACCUGCUUCUACGGCUCACAGAGGAAGAACUCCAGACAGACCUGGGCAUGAAAUCAAGCAUCACACGCAAGAGGUUCUUUAGGGAGCUCACGGAGCUCAAGACCUUUGCCAGCUAUGCUACGUGCGACCGCAGCAACCUAGCGGACUGGCUAGGCAGCCUGGACCCUCGCUUCCGCCAGUACACCUAUGGCCUGGUCAGCUGCGGCCUGGACCGCUCCCUGCUGCACCGAGUGUCAGAGCAGCAGCUCCUGGAGGACUGUGGCAUCCGCCUGGGGGUGCAUCGCUCACGUAUCCUCUCUGCAGCCCGAGAAAUGCUACACUCACCAUUGCCCUGUACCGGUGGCAAGCCCAGCGGAGACGCCCCAGACGUCUUUAUCAGCUACCGGAGAAGCUCGGGUUCCCAGCUGGCCAGCCUCCUGAAGGUGCACCUGCAGCUGCAUGGCUUCAGCGUCUUCAUCGAUGUGGAGAAGCUGGAAGCCGGCAAGUUCGAGGACAAGCUCAUCCAGAGUGUCAUGGCGGCUCGGAACUUUGUACUGGUGCUAUCUGCUGGGGCGCUGGACAAAUGUAUGCAGGACCAUGACUGCAAGGAUUGGGUGCACAAGGAGAUUGUGACUGCUUUAAGCUGUGGCAAGAACAUUGUGCCGAUCAUUGAUGGCUUCCAGUGGCCCGAGCCUCAGGCACUGCCCGAGGACAUGCAGGCUGUACUCACCUUCAACGGCAUCAAAUGGUCCCAUGAGUACCAGGAGGCCACCAUCGAGAAGAUCAUCCGCUUCCUGCAGGGACGCCCCUCUCAGGACUCCUCUGGCGGCUCGGAUACCAGUUUGGAGGGAGCUGCACCAAUGGGCCUGCCUUAACCUGUCCCAGUUCCCACGCCCUGCCGUGACUCCUGGUUCCAUCAUCUCCCCACCCCUAAAGGAGUAGCUCCUCUAGAGCCGCCCUGGGCUGAGACAAACCAGGCUCUUCUCAGGGAAAGGCUUUCCCUGCUGCCUCCCUGUGGCCCACUUCUAACCCAGAGAUGCCAGGCACGGGGUGAGAUAAGAGGACACUCCUCUGUCAGGUCCUGCCAUCAGGUUCCAACUCCCAUCCAGAGCCAUGUCCCUGCUUCGAUCUGGACCCUCAAGAUAGGGGAAGAACAUUCUCCCAUCUCCUGCCCCAAGAGCAGCCAGCUUGAGAAGGGUGAGGUUGGCAGGCUUUGGCAGGAGUCGGGACAACGGGCCCGGGAGGCAUCUGGGGUUGAGGAUCCCCCAAAGGCUGUCCACUCACAUUGUGCCUGGCUUCUGGCUCACCUGGCUUCCUGAUGCCUCAUGGCCUUGCUCUAUACCUACUCAGUACCCCUGUCAGACCUCUUUAGGCAGCCUCCUUUGCCAUGCUGGGGGUCAGGGUGCAUCUGAGCCAGCCCUCUGCCUGGCCUCGCUGCCCUUUCUGGUGCAAGAAGGGGCCCCUUGCUUGUGCAGGGAGACCCUAAGAACCCACCCUAGUGCAAACCUCUGUGCUGUGCCUAAGGCUCUUGCCUAGCCUGUUCCAGCUGGCUUCCCCAGCUCUUCACCCACACGGGGCUUUUCACCCUCUUGUUCAGAGAAGGAGACCAGAGAAGCUCCAACCGCACCGGUAGCCUGAGCUGAACCUGCACCACGGGAAAGAGGCAGGACCUCCGCGGGCAAGGGCCAAUUCCUGGGGCAGUU